ACUGACCUUCUUAAAAAGGCCCCCGCGAGGUACUGCAAUCAACCAGCUGGAUCGUCGAGACGAACCUCAGCUUUCUGCUUGGUAGGAUUGUAUCUGCGCAUCAGCAAAUAAGCGAGUGGGCAUCAUGUUCGUCAGAGCACUGCAAUUGAUUGCCAGGGAGAAGAAGAGCGGGAUCGUUGCUCCAGGAUCCUUGGGCUUCGUCAAUGCCUUCUCCUCGGCUUCGGCCUCUCAGAGCCAGAGGCUGGCCGGAAAGGUCGCCGUCAUUACCGGGGGCGCGAGCGGCAUUGGCAAGGCGACCGCCACCGAGUUCGUCAAGAACGGCGCCAAGGUCGUGAUCGCCGACGUCCAGGACGACCUCGGCCACGCCGUUGCCGCGGAGCUCGGCCCGGACGCGGCGUGCUACACCCGCUGCGACGUCACCGACGAGGCGCAGGUCGCCGCGGCCGUGGACCUCGCGGUGGCCCGCCACGGGCAGCUCGACGUCAUGUUCAACAACGCCGGCAUCGGGGGCAACCCCGUGCCACCACCGCUCGGCGCCACGGACCUCGCCGACUUCGACCAGGUGAUGGCGACCAACGCCCGGGGCGUGCUGGCCGGGAUCAAGCACGCCGCGCGCGUCAUGGUCCCGCGCCGCAGCGGCAGCAUCAUCUGCACCUCGAGCGUCGCGGGCGUGGUGGGCCUUGGCAGUAUGGGCAACCUCGCGUACAGCACCUCGAAGGCGGCGGUCCUGGGCAUGGUGCGCACCGUGGCGGCGGAGAUGGCGCGCUCCGGGGUGCGCGUGAACGCCAUCUCUCCCGGCGCUAUCCCGACGCCGCUGGCGUUGAAAACCUUCGCCGUGUGGUUCCCCGGGAAGAGCGCCGAGGAGGUUCGGCGGAUCAUUGAGGAAGAAGUGAACCUGAUGGACGGGGUGGUGCUGGAGGAGGAGGACAUCGCGAGGGCGGCGCUGUACCUGGCGUCCGACGAGGCCAAGUACGUGAGCGGGCACAACCUCAUCGUUGACGGCGGUUUUGCGGUGACCGGAAGCGCCAAAUGAAAGUACCAGCUCCAGCACGCCGACGGAGUGAUUUAGUGGGCUAUUUUCAGAACAUAAACUGUGUUUUUUACUUCCUGUGCACACGAGAACUGUCUAACGCUCAUUCUGCGUUGGUGUGAUCCACGAAAAUAAUAGAACGUUGCUUUCCUAACA